AUGGAGAACAACAAACCCUUCAAACCGGCUCUUAUUAUCGUCGACUUCCAAGAAGACUUUUGCCCGCCUCACGGCUCCCUCGCAGUCCCCCAAGGCCGCACAAUCGCCUCCCCAAUAAACACCCUAACAACCCUCCCCUUCCCACUCAUCCUCGCAACAAAAGACUUCCACCCACCAACCCACAUCUCCUUCGCAUCCAACCACCCAUCCUCAACGCCCUACAUAUCCACGACGAAAAUCACACACCCGCGCGACUCCUCCCGCAGCUACACAACCACCCUGUGGCCCACGCACUGCGUUCAAGGCACACCAGGCUCUGAGCUAGUUCCCGAGCUGGACAUCUCGCGCGUGCACGCUGUCAUCGAGAAGGGUCAGGAUGAGAAGGUGGAGAUGUAUAGUGCUUUUUAUGAUCCCUUUAGGGUGACUGAUAGUGGUUUGGCGGGUAUGUUGGGUGAGCAGGAGGUUACGGAUGUUUAUGUCGUGGGGUUAGCCGCGGAUUUCUGUGUCAAGGCGACGGCGGAAGACGCAGUUAAGGAGGGUUAUACGACGUGGGUUGUGAAUGAAGGAACAAAGCCUGUCAUGCCUGAUAAGUGGGAUGAGUGCAAAAAGUGUAUGGAAGAAACGGGUAUCAAAUUCACAUCACUUAGAGAUGCAGUGGAAAAGGUUAAGAGCUACUCAUAA